CUCUUGAUUUUUUUUUCGAAAAACAUUUUUAUUUUUAUUAUAAUCCAUUUUUACUUUUAAUCAUUAUUUUAAAUAUCAGCAAUUAUGAAGAUUUCACUCAAGACAUUGCAGCAAAAAUCGUUCCAAAUUGACGUGGAGCCUUCAGAUACCAUUGGGCUUGUCAAGCUGAAGGUCGAGGAGUCGCAAGGGUACCCGGCGUCCACACAGAAGCUCAUUUUCUCAGGUAAGAUUCUGACAAACGAGCAGACAGUGGAGGAAAUUAAGAUUACUGACAAGGACUUUAUGGUGGUAAUGACGGUUAAGGCCAAGGCGGUGUCUAAGCCCAAGGCUGAGGCCGAGGCACCGGCACCGGCACCGGUACCAGCACCGGCGCCGGUGGUCAGCACACCGGCGAGCACCGCACAGCCAGAGGCGCCUCCUGCAGUGCAGCGGAUAGCGACGCAGCCGCGGACGGAGGAGCCUGUGACGCCGACGCCAGUAGCACGCACGGUGACCGGCUCGGGCGAGGCGCUCGGCAGCUCGUUCAUUGCCGGCGAGCAGUACGAGACAGCGAUCAGCAACAUGGUCGAGAUGGGGUAUUCGCGCGACCAGUGCGUCAAGGCCAUGCGCGCGAGCUUCAACAACGCCGACCGCGCCGUCGAGUACCUGAUUAUGGGCAUCCCCGAGGCUGCGCUGCAGAUGGCUGAUGAGGCCGAGGCGCGGGCUUCGGCUGCUGCGGAGGGCCACGAGUCGGCCGAGCCGGCCCAGGCGGCAGCCCCUGCGAGGCCGGCGGCUCGCGCGUCGGGCAAUCUGUUCCAGCAGGCUGAGCAGGCGAGCCGCGGCGCGCCGGCGCAGGCGGGUGGUGGAACGUCGUUGGACAGCCUGUAUGCGCUGCGCGAGACGCCUCAGUUCCGGCAGCUGCAGCAGAUGCUGCGCGAGAACCCGCAGAUGCUAUCGGUGGUUCUGCGUGAGCUGGCGCAGCAGCAGCCGCAGCUGAUGCAGCUUAUUUCCGAGCACCGUGAGGAGUUCAUGAUGAUGCUCUUGGAGGGCUUCAGCGAGGAGCAGAUGGCCGAGGGCGAGAUGCAGAUUCGAGUGACGCUGGAGGAGAAGGAGGCCAUUGAGCGGCUGGAGGACUUGGGCUUCUCGCGCCAGAUCGUCAUCCAGGCGUACUUUGCCUGCGAUAAGAAUGAGGAGCUGGCCGCCAACUACCUGUUUGAGCAUGGCUAUGACGACAUGGAGUAG